GGAAGUCGGUUUUCGUAUCCACUCCGGUUCAUAACUAAUACACUCGUGAACUUAAUCAAGUGGCAGGUUGCUUAUCGCGUAGUAUCGCAAUGGUGCUGACAUCUGACUGACCGGCCGGUGACCACGGGAAAAGAUCCAGCGGGAACAGCCAGCCAGCCAGCCAGCGGGCUUCGUUUAAACGCCGGCCCACUGCGUGCAUCGAACUGCCUCUACUUAACCUGAGCCACCCCACAGCUGCCACACCGGCAGCCACCUCGCUCCUCCCUCCUCUCCCUCCCCAUCACUCGUCCAUCUCAGCCUCUCAAGUCUCAGCUACCCCAAAACCUCGCCGGCCCGGCAGCCGGCACAAGUCGAGCCCGCACUGCGCGCACACAGCCUCCACAUGCAUUUCCCACCGACGCGCGCCGCAGCUCGCCGGCAGUAGCACGCGCGCGCGCACGCAGGGCGCUCAGCAGCCGGCACCGAUGGGGGCGACGGCGCCGCUGACGCUGCGGGACUUCCUGGAGAUGGCGUGCGACUCCAGCUGCAGCGACGGCUUCCGCUCCUACCCGCGCCGACUGCUCCCGUGCCCCGUCCGUUCCGAGGACGAGGCCACGCAGGCGAAGCUGAGGGCGGAGGCGGCGCCCGUGCGGCUGCUCAUCGAGGCCGACCUGCGGCGGAGCCCGUCGCGGACGCUCUCGUCCUUCCUCUUCCCCAGGAGCCCCCGGUCGCUCGCCGCCAUCUCGCGCUUCUCCAGGACCCUCUCGCGGCGGCUCGUAUUCUGGAGGCGCCACCCCGACGACGACGACGACGAUGGCGACGACAGCGAGCGGGACUCCCUCGGUCUCCCGUCGCCCGUCGUCAGCAGCUGCUCCGCGUCCGACUACGCCGAGUCGGAGGCGGAAACCCCAGGCUCGCCGCCCGUGGACGCGGCGCUGGAGAAGCCAGCAUCGAAGCCUUCGCCCUCGCCGUCUCCGUCGUCCAGCUCGGGCAGCGUCGACCCCUCCGAUGCCGGUGCCAAGCACACGGAGAGGCUAACGGAUGGCGUGGGAUCGGCGGAGGAGGGGAAGCAGCAGCUGAGCCCCGUGUCCGUCAUGGACUUCCCCUUCCACCACCACCACGACGACGACAACGACGAUGAAACGAGCGACGCCGGCACCUGCUCGCCUGCCACCUCCUUCCAGCACUGCCUCCCCGAUGACUCCCAACGUACGUUACGGUCGAACGAGGCGCAGGCGCAGGAGCUGCUGCUGCGCAAGAUCCGGCGGCUCGACGGCCUGGCGCACGCGGUGUGCCCCGUGGAUCUCGAGGCGCACUUCGGUGGCGCGCCCGAUCGCCAGCCCGGGGAAUCUGACGACGCCCGCACCCAGACGAGCAACUCAGGCGCCGACCACGGCGCUGCGACGACGUGGUCACCACGGUGCCGGGGCGCCGAUGGUACAGCGGAGCGCGGACCUGACGAGGCACACCGCCUCCUCGCGCGACUCCUCAAGGACGACGGCGGCGACACGGCGGCCACUACUUCUUCGGUUGCCACGGAACGGCUGCUCCUGGACUUCUUCGCGGAGGGGCUCGGCCGGCGCCGUGCGUCGGACGCGGGGCUGGCCGUCGGCGCGGCGAGGCCGUUGGACGACGUGUCGGUGCUGGUGCGUGCGGCGCGGGAAUGGGUGAAGGGCGCCGGGACGCGGUGGGGCGCGGAGGACGUGCUGUUCGCCGGGGAGGCCGCGCUGGCCGACAUGGAGCGCGGGCGGCGCUGGGUCUGCGUCGCCGAGGAGGAGCGGGAGGUCGGCGGGUUGCUGGAAGGGCUGGUGAUGGACGCGAUGGUGGACGAGCUGGUGCGUGACCUGGUACUGGCUGCACGGCGUUGACGUACCGGUGUAAAAAAUGUGCUCGUCGUGCGUGUGCCGCUGGUUUGGUAGGAAAGGGUAGACUGUACCGCGUUGGGUGGACGUUAACUUUGAUGAGUGUUAAAACUCGACGUGGUUUGAUA